AUGAAGACUGAUAAUUACCUCAAUCUUUGCCUCGAGCAGGCCGCUAAAUCUCCUUUGCGCUAUCGCCAUGGUGCGAUUAUCGUUCGUGGCGGCAAAGUCAUUGGACAGGGUUAUAAUGAUCACCGCUCUGGCUUUGACGGCGGUGCCUUGAAGACCGGGCGACUACCACUGCGCUCAAAGCAAGGUCCAGCUGUGGCCGAUUUGAAAAAGAAUCAUAGACUCAAGCGAGAUUCAGGGGAGCCAGAAGAUCAGCUGAAUAAGACAUUCACGCCUUUUGAGAGUAUGGGCGACGGAAGAAAGCUCGCCAACACUCCGUUGUCCAUGCAUAGUGAGAUGAUGGCCAUUCACUCUGCUCUCUCGGCUUCCAGCACGCUCGCCUCUAGGGCAGUGUCUUUCGAAAAACCGUGCUUUAAACUAUCGAGUAGUUCUAAACGAGAACUACGACUACGACGGGAGGCGGUCGAAUCCUACGUUAAAGCCGUCUGCGAGGCCGCAUUGGCCCAGUCCACCGCAGGCUCUUGCCACACCCAGUCUGAUGUUCAAGAGUGGCGAGUUGAAUGCCCUUCAUCUGGAUCGAACGACGCUGAAUCUGGCGUUUCCUGUCAAGGAGAAGAACGAGAAAAAUCGUCAUCACAACUUUGGCAACAAACACAACAAUGGGCAACACAAAUGCAAUGGUCGACAGCAUGCGCGUAA